CUUUUUCACAGCAUUCAUCGUCGUGUUUAACUACCUCUUCUCACCCCUGGCUCUCCUGCUAGACGUCGUUGCGAGCGUUUUCGCCGAAUAUUACCACGUUGCAACCAUCGCAACGAUGCCUCGAUCCGCUCCCAUCCCACGAGUGCCGACGGUCUGUCAGAUUUGCGAUUCGAUCGUCGGCCGUCGCUUAUACUCUACAAAACCCACAUUGAGAGCUCACAAUGCCACUACUAGGCCUCGAAUUCAAAUAGAAAGAAGGCUGUUAAAGACGAAUACAAUACAGAAACGUGCAUUAGUCUCUGGAGUAUUUUCAACCGAGAAAACGACAUCAAGCUCUACAGAUACUCGCGAUACUCCAAUUCAAGAUGGCAAUACACCUAAGAAAGCGAGAGAGGAACUGUCAUCUGUAACCAAUAUGAUGACCUAUAUUGAAAGAAGCAAAUCUAAGGUGCUCACAAAUCGAGGCAUACCAUCAGAAGCGGAUAUAAAUGCAGCUCUCCGGGCAUGCUGGGUCGUAGCCGAUUAUAUUAUGGAUGAUACUGUACAACCACAACUUACCCAUAUGGUGAAUGAGCUGGAUUCGACUGCUUCGGAGAUUCUUUCGUUAGAUCGCGCAAGCAAUUCUCACUCUUCUAAAUCGUCGGAGACUCCCAGCAUUAGCAUGACGGCUCAGGUCAAACAGAUUAUCGACAAGAUAUCGCACAAUGCUUAUGCGGUAAUAUCGCACCCACCUGUCUUCAUUACACCUAAACUACUUGAAAAAUAUGUCAAAGUUCAAGCCCGUCUAGGGAAGCCGGAGACACUUCCCCAGAUAUUCCAGAUGUAUGCGUGGAAGCCUAUGCCCCGCGAAUCUAAAGGAUCGAUCAGCUAUGUAAAACAGAGUCCGAACAAGAUAGCGAACGCCAUCGAGCCAGAGGUGAUCGAGAAGGCCCUAGACACCGCGAUUGAGGUCAAGAACCUAGAUGCUGCGGUUGGUAUCGUAGAAAAUAGUUAUGCUACGAAGGCUUUUAUUCGAAAUAAACUCUUGCGCAAAUGCCUAGUACCAGGAGGAACACUGGCGGCAACACCAGUAGCAGCAUAUCUACUGGCCACGAGCUUUUCCAAUUUUCAAAAUACAAUGGACACAACCUCUGCGACUAAUAUAGCAUUUGCCGGUAUUCUAGCCUACGUUGGAUUCACAGGGUCACUCGGCAUGGUUGCAUUAACGACGGCAAACGAUCAGAUGAAUCGAGUUACCUGGAACCAGGGAGUGCCUUUGCGAUCACGAUGGAUAAGAGAAGAGGAGAGAGCUGCGUUAGACAAGAUCGCUUGCGCGUGGGGGUUCGAAGAGAAAUGGCGUCAAGGCGAAGAAGAAGGGACGGAUUGGGAUGCCUUGCGGGAGUAUAUCAAUACGAAGGGCAUGGUUCUGGAUCGGACCGAACUGAUGGAAGGAAUGGAAUAGUAGAUCUACGGGUUUUGUGAAUCCCCCAAGAUCUACCUACGUAAUGGCUGUCUACUAGGGGCAUCAUACUAGACAAGAUGGCGGUCUUGUUCCAAGGUCA